AUGCAAAAGAAAUUGUUUUAAAAGCCCAGAUCUUAGCUGGAGGAAGAGGAAAAGGUGUCUUCAAUAGCGGGUUGAAAGGAGGUGUUCACUUAACGAAAGAUCCUAAAGUUGUGGGACAGCUGGCUAAACAGAUGAUUGGGUAUAAUCUAGCAACAAAACAAACUCCGAAAGAAGGUGUGAAAGUUAACAAGGUGAUGGUUGCUGAAGCCUUGGACAUUUCCAGAGAAACCUACCUAGCGAUUCUGAUGGACCGUUCCUGCAAUGGCCCUGUACUGGUGGGCAGCCCCCAAGGGGGCGUUGACAUUGAAGAGGUGGCCGCUUCAAAUCCAGAACUUAUUUUUAAGGAACAAAUUGACAUUUUUGAAGGGAUACAAGACAGCCAAGCUCAGAGGAUGGCAGAAAAUCUAGGCUUCCGAGGGCCUUUGAAAAACCAGGCUGCAGAUCAAAUUAAGAAGCUGUAUAAUCUCUUCCUGAAAAUUGAUGCUACUCAGGUGGAAGUGAAUCCCUUUGGUGAAACUCCAGAAGGACAAGUUGUCUGUUUUGAUGCCAAGAUAAACUUUGAUGACAACGCAGAAUUCCGACAAAAGGACAUAUUUGCUAUGGAUGACAGAUCAGAGAAUGAGCCCAUUGAAAAUGAAGCUGCCAGAUAUGAUCUAAAAUACAUAGGACUGGAUGGAAACAUUGCCUGCUUUGUCAAUGGUGCUGGACUGGCCAUGGCCACCUGUGACAUCAUUUUUCUUAACGGUGGGAAACCAGCCAACUUCUUGGAUCUUGGUGGUGGUGUGAAGGAAUCUCAAGUAUAUCAAGCAUUCAAAUUGCUCACAGCUGAUCCUAAGGUAACCUUUCUCUUUGUUAGGGGGAUUGCAUAA